CGUCGCUCCCCACCAUUGCCGGCCAAAAAUCGCGCGAGUGCGGCCUCGCGGACCUCGUGGUGAAGCUCGAGCCUCCUUUCCUCAAGCACUGGGGAUCAGACUCGGCCAUAUUGGAAUCAAUUGGAUGUCUCUGUUACACAAGGGCUCAAGAGUAGCCAGGAAAAUAACGUCCGAUCCUCGAUUAAGGGAGGACAUAUCACCGCCGACCGAUACGCAGUCAUGGAGAACACCUACAGCAUAACCGUCACCAACAAGUUCUCGCUCGCCCUCGAUGAAGAUGAGGAUCCUCUUGAGAUUCUGAAGCUGCGCGAGCAAGAAAAGGAGGCUAAGAAGAAAGAGAGACUGAACGAGAAGGAGAAUAAAAGCAAACAACAGCAAGAUUCGAACCAGGCUCAACAUAAAACUAUCCAGCAGCAGCCGGCCAAGCAAAAGCCGAGGCUUAACAAGGAGAAUCAGCAGCAGCCACCGAGGAAUCAGGACGCCAAAAAGGAUCAAGGAGAAAAGAAACCUAUUCAGCAAAGGUAUGGAGGCGAGCGCAAUGUGAAGUUUUCAACCGAAUCAAGAGAAGAGCAUAACAACAGACGUAAUCGAGAAGAUGGUGAACAACGACCUCCACGUAUUCAGAAUGACUUUAGACGAGGUCCACCUGGAGAAGGACGUGAGCCACGUGAGUCACGUGAGCCCCGUGAGCCCCGUGAACCUCGUGAGCCACGUGAACCACGGGAACAGCGUGAGCCCCGUGAAUAUCGCAAUUCGGGUGAUCGCCCGGAAUUUGGGGAUCGACGUUUAGGACGUGGCGGCGGAGGUAGUGGCGGUCGAGGCAUGGGUCGUGGUGGUAGAGGUGGUUUCCGUGGUGGAAGGGGUGGAUUUGACAAUCGCGGCAAGCGCGAGUUCGAUCGUCAAUCCGGAUCAGAAAAGACGUAUGGUUACAGCGGAGUAAAAUCAGUUGACAAGAAGGAUGGCGCUGGCAGCCAUAACUGGGGCACUCACAUUGACGAAAUAGAGGAGGGCCUAAACCAAUCGGAAGACUGGGUCGACGAGAAGCCCGAUGUGGAUGGUACGGCGAAUCCAAAUGACAGCAAGGAAAGUGCAGGUAGUGGUAGUGCCGGUGGUGAGGGUACCGAGGGUGCAGCCGCCGAGGACAAGCCCGCAGAGGAAGAAGUACGUGAGCUGACACUCGAUGAAUGGAAGGCGCAGCGUCAGAAUCGCGCCAAACCCCAGUAUAAUUUGCGUAAGGCUGGUGAGGGCGAGGACCUCUCACGUUGGAAGAAGAUGUAUGCCCUCGAACGCAAGAAGGAAGGUGCUGAGGAAGAGGAGGAGGAGGAGGAUGAGUACGAUGCGGUCGAGUAUCCACAACGCGUCGGCCGUCAGAAACAUGUCCUUGACAUUGAAAUACAGUUUAGCGAUUCAAGACGUAGUGUCGGCGGCAGAGGUGGAAGGGGAGGACGUGGCGCACGAGGUGAUCGCGCCAACGGUCGUGGAUAUGGCAAUCGUGGACCGCCGCGAGGUGGUGGAUCCGAUGCCCCUGGCGAAGUUCGCGUCGCUCCGGCUGAACAAAGGUCGCCACGCGAACGUCAAAAUGCCCCCAAGGUUGAUGAUGAGCACGACUUUCCUUCGUUGGGUUAAGAGGUCGAUUACAGUGAUUUAACAACCCAAAACAUAUACCACCGCUGUUUAAUCAAAAAAUGAAAAAUGAAAAAAAUACCACUGUUCCAACCACAAUCGACACUUCAGUUCUCCGAUUAUCAUUAAUAUUGCUACAGUUGCUGCUAUCGCUAUUCCCGUUGCUGCUGCUAUUAGCGAUUUCGUUUUCACAACAUCGUUUUUAAGACAUUAAAAAGAAAAAAAAACAAAUAAGAUAAUUACCUACUUUACCGUUACAAAUAAACUCGCAGAUGAAAGUUACGUACAUAUUCGGUUAAGAAUAGGGAGAGAAAAUCGAAAUAAUAAAUAAAUCUCUUAACUGCUUUAUUUUUUUUAACAAAGCAAAGUUUGUUUGUACAAUUAAUUAGUAUUUAACAAUACGUAAAAAGCAGAAUAAGAGAUUUCGUGUUGCCCUCUUAAUUAUAUUUUGUCAAUACGUGAUUAAUAUCGAUAGACGGUCUACACUAGAGGAGAUCAAUAAUGAUACUGCCUUGACGAUUUAUUUGCAUUAUCGACACUGUGCAGUAAAAUACUUCCUUCUAGAUAAUAAAUUUUUAAAACCUUUGUUUUAUUAUUUUUAUAUGGUACAUUUUACACUCACGUGAAGUGGGUAAAGAAUGCAUAAUAAAAAGAGGACGAUUGAAAUAAAUGGGUUGGACGGGAGUGGGAAAGGGCGGGGGGGCGGAAUAAGACCGAAUAGGAGAGCUUUGCAAAAAUAUGUAUUGAAUUAUUGGCUUUCUCCGAUAUUGUAAUUUAAAAACUAGAGGUCGACAAAAACAUUAAAAUUUUUUUAUAAUGGUUUUGUCGUAUUGCGAGUAUUUUGCGAUGUAUUAUUUUCUCUGUCAUAGUAAAUAAAAGAGUUCGUGUUGUCGAUAGAUCAAUCUUGUCAAUGCUCUGCAACGACACGAGUUCUGGAUCUCGAAAAGACGAAGAAAAUACGCUACCCAGUGACAGAAAAGAUUGAGAUAAAUUACAGUAACGAGGUACAAGUGGUACACAAGAAAAAAUACACAUUAAGUUCAAAAUCAUCAUUGAUUAUAUGUUAAACUUGCAUCGAUCGAUUGUCAUAUACAUAUUUCAAAGUAUCGAAAUACCCUAUAUUAGUAAUUCACGACGUUUGUUAUAUUAUUACUUUAAAAGUAAAGAUAAAAAUAGCUCAAAAAGUUUUAAAAAGUCUUAAUGCAAACCCCAAUCUCCUUCACUGAGAUGGAUAAUGUUAUGAAAUAUUUCAAGAUUAGAUAAGUGUAAAUAACGAUAUUUUCAAGAAAUAAAUUGAGACAAAAACUAUACUAGAUACGUUGAAAGUUUAAAAAAGAAAAAGCAAACAAAAGGUUUUCAAUUAAGUCUGAAAAAAAUGUUUCUUGUAUAAUUUGUAAUUCUUACAUUUGCUAUAUUCAAUAUGCAGGUUGUAGAUUUUCUCAUCCUUUUCUUCUCGCAAAGCAAAACAAAAAGAAAAAGAAGAGCAUAGUAGUAGCUGUACGUACCUGAAAAGUAACGAUAAAUGCAAUGAAGAUAAUCGUAUACAAAAUUUAAUAAAAAAAAAUAAAAUAAAUAAG